AAAGAGAAUAGAUUCAGUUAUUAUUUGUCUUCCCGACAAGAUAGCUUAGCAUUUUUUUUCUUCAUUACAACCACACACAACUUGUUGUUCCGUCUUUGCUCAUUCAUUGUUUGAUUCUCUUCUCUCUCUCUCUCUCUCUCCGUGGAGAUUUCUUUGUGUUGCAGAAAAAGAUGCUCAAGGUCCCUGAACACCAAGUCGCCGGUCACAUCGCCAAAGACGGGAAGCUAGGUCCCCUCGUAGACGACCAAGGCAUCUUCUACAAGCCCCUUCAAGGCGACGCACGCGGCGAAAACGAGGCCAAGUUCUACGAGUCCUUCUCCUCCAACAAGAACGUUCCAGACAACAUCCGUGGCUACUUCCCUGCGUACCACGGCGUUCAGCUGGUUGAAGCGUCUGACGGAUCAGGCCAGCUUCCGCAUUUGGCUCUCGAAGACGUCGUCUCCGGUUACGUGAAGCCUUCUGUUAUGGACGUUAAGAUCGGGUCUAGGACGUGGUACCCUGAUGUGUCGGAAGAGUAUUUCAACAAGUGUAUAAAGAAAGAUAGAGAGACCACCACGGUUUCUUUGGGGUUUAGGGUUUCGGGUUUAAAGGUUUUCGACCACGAGGAGUCCGGGUUCUGGAGACCGGACAAGAGGGUCGUUCUGGCCUACAAGGUUGAUGGUGCUAGAACGGCUCUAAGGAAGUUUGUCUCGUCGAACCCGCUCGCUGACUCGGUGGUACCUGACUGUGCAUUUGCGUCAGAAGUUUAUGGAGGUUCUAACGGGAUCUUGACGCAGCUGUUGGAGCUCAAGGCUUGGUUUGAGACGCAGACGCUUUACCAUUUCAACUCUUGCUCGAUCUUGAUGGUUUAUGAGAAUGAUGAAUCAGUUGAUGAUGCGCCAAGGAGGGCGCGAGUGAAGCUGGUGGAUUUCGCGCAUGUUCUUGAUGGAAACGGUGUUAUUGAUCAUAACUUCUUCGGUGGACUCUGCUCUUUCAUUAAGUUCAUCAAAGAUAUAGUUGAGAGCUCAGAGAAUUGCUGUGAAAAUGGGCACUAAGGGACUUGUAUGUUUUUUCUUUAAAUAAAUGUCCGGUUCUUCCUUCCUUGGGGCUAACUGUGUUUGGACAUAAGAUUUGUUGUGUCUCCUUUGAAUUGUAUAAUUUGGUUAUGCCCUACUAAACCAAACCAUUGUACUGUACUUCUUCAUAUGAGUUUUAAUGAAGUUUCCAUGGAAGUAAAA